UUCACUAUAGAAUGUUCUGAGCAUAACAUGUUACCGUUUUUUGUUCUCGUAUUUUUACCUUUGUGUAAUCUGUCGUUUGGCCAAGAUUUUACCCCCAUAGAAGACAUACAAGUACUCAGCGAAUUACCUAUACAAAAAUUAUUAUCCGGUAAAUUAAAAUUGAAUGAUCGAGGUGGUUACGGAGAAGGUCAUGGAGGAGGUCACUACUAUUACCAAGAAAAUAACGUGAAAAAUACGAAAAGCAGUAAAAUUCAAAGUAUAUUCCAAAUAUCAAUAACGUCUUUAGCUUUUCUAGCUUUCGGGGGAUACCUGUUGUGUCUUCUCAUUCACGCUAUAAACUCAAAACAAAAUUACAACGCAAAUAAUAACACUCAAAUUAAUUCGAACAAUAAAAAUAUUAGAAGACAACCAAGACCUAAGAGAGAUGUAAUUGGUUCUAUUGGAGGUUACAUAGUUUAUGACGAUAUGUAUUUUUCAUUAUUAAAUUUAUCUGAGGCUUAUACUAAGUAUCAUACUAUAGAUUUACUUGGUUAUAAUAAAACCAGAGAUAAUAAAUACUAA